GCGGCCUCCAGCUCCCCACCCCCACCCUCGCCCCCGCCCUCAGACCCAGGGCCCCCGAGUUAAUCCUAAUGUCCGAGGCCGCAGGAAAUCUAAACAGCCUGCGCAUGGCGAACGUGGCCCUGCGAGAAGAAUUAAAUGCUCUUCGUGGGGAGAAUGCCAAUUUGGGCCUUCAGCUCGGAAGAGCUCUAGCCGAGGUUAAUUCCUUGCGGGGCAACGUCUCGAGCUACAUCCGCUGGCCAGUGCCGGUGGUGCCCGUCCUUGCCGAGGAGAACUUUGAGUUCCCGCUCAGCGAGAUCGACGCAGUUCCCGAGGGGGAGCUGCCGUUCUUGUGCUGGCCUCCCCCUCGCGCGGAGCCCGAGUACGCCUCGGACGAACUGUUGAUUAGCGUGAUCCAGGAUUGCAGUACCUCCGAUGCGCCGGUCGACCCUCCCCCGCUGCCCAUCCCGCCCCCGCUGGCGCUGCCCCCGCCCCCAGCCAAGGAGCUGCCCCCGCAGCCUCCUCUGCCGCCGCUGGAGCGGCCUGAGCUAGAGCCCUUCUCGGGCGACCCAGUCUACCUGGCUGAAUUCCUGAUGCAGCUAGAGACCUUCAUAGCUGACCAUGAGGAUCAUUUCCCCGGGGGCGCCGAACGGGUGGCCUUUCUGAUCUCUUUUUUCGCGGGCGAAGCCAAGGACUGGGCCAUCUCAGUCACCCGGGAAGGAAGCCCCCUGCGAGCCAACUUCCCACGCUUCCUGGAUGAGAUCCGCAAGGAAUUCUGCGGCCCCAUCCCCCCAAGCGUGGCUAAAAAGGCCAUCCGCAAGCUCAAGCAGGGGGACUGUACCCUGGGCAGCUAUGCGGAUGCUUUUCAGUUCCUGGCCCAGUUCUUGUCUUGGGAUGACUGCCGCCUUCAAAACCAGUUCCUUAAAGGCCUGUCUGAAUUCUUCCGCAAGGAGCUCUUAUGGUCCACUGAAAUGGCCGACCUGGACGAGCUGAUUCUCGAAUGUGUGGAGAUAGAAAGAAAAGUGCGUGUCCCCAAGCCAAUCCCGCUCCCUGGGGUUCGCAACAUCUUCUUCCCUUUUGCUGCGGACCCUAAUAACGAUGACAGUGAUGAUGAAGAGUACUACAGUGACGAAGAUGAAGAGACACGCAGGCGCAGGCUUUAUGACCGGGAACAGCGGAGGCGCAUGAGAGCUAUUCAGCAGGAGGCGAGGGAGGAGGAAGAAAAGAGGAAGAAGGAGGAAGAGAAGAGGAAGAAGCAGGAAGAGAUGAGGAAGAAGCAGCAGGAGGAGAUGAGGAAGAAGCAGCAGGAGGAGAUGAGGAAGAAACAGGAAGAGAAGGAAGAGGAAGAUGAUGAGGACGAGGAGGUGGACGUGGAUGGGGACGUGGAUGUAGAGCUGAUCAAGGAUGAAGACGAGAAUAAGGGCGAACGUUUGGGCCCUCUGCCAGAGCCAGACCCGGACCAGGAGCCAGAGCCCGAGCCCGAGCCGGAGUCAGAGGAUGAAACCCAAGAUGAUGACCUCGAUGAGAUGAUGGAGAUGGAACCCACUGUUGCCCACGCUUCAUCCCAGACCACUGGGUUCUACCAUGAGAAUUUCCUGGAUGCCUCGCCCCCCAUAAUCCAGCCCAGCAGGAGGAGGAACCAGAAUCGAGUCCCACUUCUGGAGGGCCUUCCAGGUACCAAUUCACCCUUCUAUAGUUCGCCGCCACUGAUUCGCCGUGCAGGCCGCCUGGGGCAACGCCAAAUUCGAAGACGUCCCCCAGUGCUAUUCCGCCUCACCCCGAGACAGGGGGGCCACCGGGCCGCACGUGGCCGAAUUCGCGUGUGAGUGGCUGGGGCAAGCUCACCACACAGAACACACCCUUCUACUGCGUCCCCUGCCCCUGCUAUUGCUGCCACACCUGCCCCAUUUGCUGACCAGUACUUGAGGGAGUUCCAGACCCAUAGAGCCCGAAGAAAGACCUACAGAGCUCCAGAUCGUAUUGCAGCCAUGACCAGGGAGUGACACGGGAGUGACACGUGUCCAGCCAAGGCCACCUGCGAAGGAAGGGAUCAGCAAUAGUUGUCCCCUUGGAGUGCACUGUGCUCAAUCUUUGCCAUGAACUAGAGAGCAGGUUUCUGGGCCUGUUCCCAUAAAAGAACUGGUCACCCUCUUGUAUUUUCCCCUCUAGUUGUUCCUAACCCUCACCUCUCCUGCGUUUAUUCAUCCUGUGUCCUACGGUUUUAUCCUCUGACUGGCUCGCCAGGACUUCACCCAAUGCCUCACUGACCUGCCCCAGUGAGAGAAAGGACAGGCUACACCGAACUCGUAAAGCCACUGAGGCCACUUACUAGAUAGAAUCAACUGAAAGCGGGAUGGUAUCAAGAGAUAUAUGAAAAGCCUACACUUGUUUCAAGCUCCCCCCCUUUCUGGCAGAAGGGCCCUGAGGAGAACAUUGCAUCCAGCCCAGGAAGUGUGCACAAAGCCACACGUCAGAUAGACACCAUGGCUGAGAUAUGCUUUUGAUUGACUGACCGAGCAACUGGUUCCUCCUCCCCACAGACUCCUGUAGCGGGGCCCUUGGGUCAGCUCUCCAAGUCCGGGACCCUCGCCUCUUACUAAAUUGCCUCCCUGGGCAUCCCCAGCAGACGAAGCCCAGUGUUACAGGCUCUCACCCUUUUCUUGAUGUUGCCUAAAAGGUGGAGGAGGAGAGGAGGGGGGCGGGUGGCGGCAGUGGAGGAGGAAACAGCAGCAGCAACGACUCAGCUUGACAUUGUAAGGAGUGAAUCUUUCCUUAGGGAUGGUGGUCUCCUUCCCUGGCUAGACCUUGGACUGCAGCCCCCAGCCAAAGGUCUUUGCAGGAGCCUUGCCAUCCUAAAGAUUCCAGAAGAAGCAUCAUUGGCCUUUCUUCCCUGGACUUCCAGAGAUUGAGAGAGAGAGAGAGCCAGCCCAAGCUCUGCUCUUUGACAUUGACUUAAAGGAUUCCUUGGUUCUGAGAGGAGAGAGGAAGAUUUUGUCUACAGCCUUGCAGCUGGGACAUCUUCAUGUUUCUCAUAUGGGGUGGGAGGCGAGCCAUGGCCUGGUGCUGGGCUUCGGUUAGACAACGAGACUUAAGAGGGUGACUGCCUCCUAGUAACUCCUGGGACUUCUGGAUACAAACCCAGGGACCCUCAUAGAGUCCUGCUGCUUGUCUUGGGUCCAGAACACACUGCUUUUGCAGUGAAAAAUACACACUAUGUCACUCUGGCCACAGAAUGCCAGCCAAAUACAUUGCUGGCCUGAACUGCCCUCAACACUGAGCUUCCUGCACAGUGCCUGGCAGCUGGGCAAGUGCAGCCAAAAUGUCUGGUGGCCAGAGGGAAGAAAACAGUAAAUUAUGCCUCUGUUCCUCACCGGAGUCUGACAGAUAACCUCAGCCCAGCCUUAGGAUUUUGAGCCUGGAGGCAAGAGGAAGGCGCUGGAAGAAGAGGAGUAACAGAGAAAUCCAGUCCUCUGGCUGGUUUCUGGUGAGGUCUCUAUUCAUCAGUGGGAGCUGUUUCCUCAGGAGAGAGUUCCAGAAGGGGAACUGCUGUCCUAGGCUGUGGACCCUGUUUGCUGAUGGUCGACACACUGGCCCUGCUGCCCAUGUCCCUGCCAGAGAAGUGCAAAGGACAGGUGCCUUGCACCCCGACCUCCAGGGACCCUUCAGCACAGGCCCUGCUGUUCCCAUGGUGCUUCUCACCCUGAGCUCCUGUAGCCUCAGCCAGGGAAAGAGUGGAUGAGCAGUGAGCUGGUUUCUUGCCCUCCAGUGGCAGCGGGGAGCGGGGGGGGGGGUUGAGCUUCCCUUUGACCCUCUUCCCCCCCUUUCCCAGAUCUUCAAUAUUUGUUGUGAUGUAACAGCUACAAGAGCUGUAAGAGGAACUAUGGGCUUUGGGUGUUUUCUUGGGUUGAAAAGGGAUGGGGGGAGGGGGGGGAAAUGCAUGCAGGGGUAUGAAGGCAGCCCAAGGAUUCCCAGAGACUCGGGAGGAAACCUGUUUGAAACAAAAAUGUGUUAUUGUUAUUGUGUUAUUGUUGCAUUACUGUGUUGUGAAGAUAAAUUGUUCUGUAUGCUAAAGCUUUCUCCUCAAUAAAAAUAUAAAGGGUGUGUAAAGAC